AUGAGAACCAUUGAGGAGACCAGAAAGAGAUGGGAUAUCCUGUUCUCCGACAACGACACACCUUCCGACCUCCGAGCGGCCUUGCUAUCCGAUCAAGGAGGAAACCUGUGCAAUGACGGAUUAAGAUCGGCAUUUCUACUCUUCGACGGGUUGGAUAAAACCGAAUGGGUCUCUAAGCUCGACGAAUCUCGGGAUGCCUAUCGUGCACUACGAGAUCAUUUCUUAAAAUACAUCGAACAUCCGGACGAUUUAGAAUCGACUGUUGAUCCGCUGGCGGAUGACGAACAGUCCCCUUGGCAAACACUCCGACACGAUGAGACGCUACGUACCGAGAUUCUUCAAGAUGUCGACCGAUGCUUGCAGGAAAACUACUUUUUCCAAGAGCCCGACACGAAAUCCAAAUUGACAGACAUCCUGUUCGUCUACUCGAAGCUCAAUCCAGACGUCGGCUAUAGACAAGGAAUGCAUGAAUUACUCGCGCCUAUUCUCUGGGCAGUAGAUCGAGACUCAGUGAAACCAGACCCCGAAAGACUUGAUGCGAACAUGGACAAAAGUGAGGGAUUGAUGCUAAAGCUUCUUGAUGCACAAUUUGUCGAACAUGAUUCAUUUACGCUGUUUCUCUCUGUCAUGCAGACGGCCCGCAUAUACUAUGAACAUGGUGAGACACGGUCGGCAAAUGGCCAAAUGGAUGUCAUUCCGAUAGUUGAUCGGUGUCAAUAUCUUCAUAAGGAAGCUUUGGCGAUUAUCGACCAUGAGCUCGCUGAGCAUCUGGAAGCUGUGGACGUAUUACCGCAAAUUUUCCUAACCCGCUGGAUGCGCCUUUUGUUUGGGCGAGAAUUUCCAUUUGAUGAUAUGCUAAUGAUGUGGGACCUGUUGUUUGCUCAUGGACUACGGUCUGAUCUUGUUGAUUUCACAUGCAUUGCAAUGCUGCUUAGAAUUCGUUGGCAAUUGCUCACGGCUGACUAUACAACCGCCUUGACAUUAUUACUACGCUACCCUUCGCCCGAACCACACACCCCUCAAACUUUUGUACAUGAUGCACUCUAUUUGGAACAGAAUCCUACCGCCGAUCGAGGCAGUUUCAUCAUAUCGAAAUAUUCAGGCAGACCGCCCGACUUCAAAAUUCGCAACAUUUCUGGUACACGGCCCACAAGGAAGGCCUUCCUUUGGGAAGACUUCAAGAAACGCAGUGGACAAAACUCACCUGGGUCACCAUCCCGAAAUAGCCCUAAAAGCCUCGAGUCUCUUCUCCAAGACGUCUCUCAAGGGAUCCAACGCCGGACAGAGGCCUGGGGUGUAGCCAAAGCUGUUCGAGGCGCCGUGACAGAAGCUAGGAAAAAUAUGCAGACAAUGCAUCAUGAAGCAAAUAUGCGUCCUGGAUUUUUCAGGCCUCUUUCUGCUGCAUCAGCCUCGGAUAUUCAGCCUAUGGCAGCUACAGCGUCAUCGGCCAGACUGGAAACGAAGAUCAAUCUACUCGAAGAAAGGAACCAAGCGUUGGCGACGAUUUUACGCGAAGCACUGGAUGAUCUUGGCUCCCAGCUGGCAAAUGUCAAGGAGCUUGAUUCUGAUACGAACAGCGCAGUGAAACAGGCCCUGGCCAAAGCUGAGAGUGUCCAGGUCUGCCUCGGAGAUUCUUCCAUCCCAGUAGAUCCCCGUCUUAACCCCGGUGUAAACGGUGAAUUAAACCAAACAGCUGAAUUACAAGCGUCAGAUACCUCACCAAUGGCCAAAGUAGAAGGCAAAGUGGUGGCAAACAAAGGUCAAUCACGAACAUUAAGGCCCACCAAUGCGGAAACAACGGGGCCGAAAGCCGAAGGUGGAACCGAUUCUAUCCCAACGGCAAAUCGAAGGAACAGUGACAGAAAACCCGAAGGUUCGCGGGCAAUACCCUCUCGAUCAACUGUACGACCUUCUAUGACGGAUUCGGGAUUCUCAUGGAUGCUUGGCGGCGGUCGGAACCUGUCGGGCUUUGUUAGCUCGACAUCACCGCCGCCAGAGCAGACCCGACAUCUAGACCAGACUCGAGGGAAACCCAAUGUCUUGUUCGGAUCGAGCGGAGAUGAAAAUCCAGGGACGGAUUCUGGUCAUAGUGAAUUGGCGCUGCACAGCCUUCGGGGCUCUCGGGACCCUCUGUCAGGCACCGGCCCAUGA